ACGGAUACGACAUCACGUUGAAGAUGGUCGAUCCAAUUACAGGAGUAUCAACGAAUAAUAAAAAUCUAAGCGCAAUGAAUUACUAUGCGUAUCGUAUGAUGAUUCGUACACAUGAGGAGAAUGUCAUUCUGAAGUGCGGUCGGCUAUUCCAGCAAUUCGCUGUCGACAUGUAUGUCAAAGUCGAGACCGAACGUUUAGCGUUCAUCAGAUUCAAUCAGCCAAAGCUACGAUCUGAGGACUAUAUACACUUGCGUGAUGCUAUUCAUUCAGAUGGUGAUGUUCAGAAUAUUGGACGACUGACGAUUCUCCCAUCAACUUAUAUCGGAAGCCCACGCCACAUGCACGAAUACGCUCAAGACGCUAUGACGUACGUGCGAAAUUAUGGAACUCCGGAUUUAUUUAUUACGGUCACAUGCAAUCCGAAGUGGACGGAAAUUGAACGCGAGUUGGAACCGGGUCAAAAACCGCAAGAUCGCCAUGACAUAAUCGCCAGAGUAUUUCAGCAAAAACUCAAGGUUAUGAUGGAUGUGCUUACUAAGUAUCGAGUUUUUGGUGACACACGUUGUUAUAUGUACUCGGUGGAAUGGCAGAAGCGUGGACUACCGCCGCAUGCUCAUAUCCUAAUUUGGUUGCUGAACAAAUUACAUUCAAAUGAAGUGGAUGACAUCAUAUCAUAUCAGCUGAAAUUCCUGAUCCAGUCACUGAUCCCCGUCUACACGACAUUGUGA